UAUCCCUUCACCAUUUAACAAAUAACUUCUUCAACUCUUCUCUCCCUCUUUCGUGUUUUCUACAUCUCUCUUAAAACUUCCACUUCUUCUCUAAUGGUACAACGAAAACUCUGGAUACAUCCAUUCAUGUUUUCUGAUACAUCACCUCUCGGUCAAACCGUGAAACUGAACACUUUUCUGAGGUUCUCUUUCUAUGUAACAACUCUCUCCUUAAUCCGUUUUUUUCUCAAUCGUUUCACAAGAAAAAUAAAUUAGCUUAUCAGCUUCAACUCUAUCUCCAGAUUGGUCUCCCAGCAAGAGCAUGUAUACCUUCUUUUUUUCUUUUUUUUUUUAACUAGAGCAUGUAUACCUUCGAUGGCAAGUUUUCUUUGAUUGAUCUCUGCUCCAAGCCUCUCAACAUCGAACUUAGUGACGUGGUUUCGUCUCUCAUUGGAUUGGUGCCUCUGUUUCUCUGAAACUCCCAUGUCGAUGGCUCCAUUCUGGUUCUAAGCGAUCUCUCACCACCGUGGAUCUAUCGAUGAACUUGCUUCGGGUCUGAUGCCCACUUUAUCAAGCCUUGGUUCUUGAAUCGGACUGAAAUUUCAGGUGGGAUGAAUCUUAACGACUUGAGAGUUUAGGAUCUCGCCCAUAAAAACAUUAUGACUGAAACAACAACAAAACGACUACAACGUUCGGGUUUCAAAUCAGAAAGGAAAACUGGGACGUUACCAUUUCUCUUUACUGACUUUGAAAACGUGAGAUCAUGGCUCCUAGGAAAAAAACCACCACCGACUUAUGAUGAGAUGUUUGGCGACGGUGUCGCGACGUCUUCUUCUUCCGGCGGCCGAGCAUCUUCUGAUGCCAUUCCGGACUCUCAGACAUCUCAGAGAGUUUGGAGUCCUCCUCCCGCACCUCACAUGGCUCCACCUCCGCCACCAGCAGCUCAGAUGGCUCCACCUCCUCCACCAGCAGCUCCGCAGGAGCCCAUUCCAGGGCCAGAAGUUCAUCCAGACUUGCGGGUGCCUCCUCAUGCACCAUACGCAAGAUAUACGGUGGAGGAUUUGCUUUCCGCACCUGGACGGGAGGGUAUGGACGUUUUGGACCCCGAUAGACCGCCGGGUACUUAUUGGUUUGGGGCCAACAACCGUGUUUCCCGGAGCGUUUCAAAGACGAUGAAGGGAUACUUAGACGGAGCUUAUCCAAACUGGAGCUUGACUCCAGAUCACGUCAAGACCACUUGGUUUAAACAGUUUGCGCAAAGGUGGAAUUGGUCCUUAGGAAUCACCGAAAUGGUGAAGAAGGAAUUCGAGGCAAAGGCGAAGACUCGCCUUACCAACACGGUCUCGGAUUGGAAGGAUAAGUGGGAGAUCUACGGCUAUGACGGGAAGCCCACUGGGGUCACCAAGGAUGUAUGGGAUGGCCUCAUCGCCUUUUGGAAGCUACCCAGCUCAAUCCGGAAGGCCAACUCCUGCUCCGCUUCCCGUAGGACCAAGGAUAAAGACGGGAAUUUUCCUAUGCUUCAUACCACCGGGCAAAAACCUCAUGCCGGGAUCCGUCUCGAUGCUUUUGAGAAGACCGGAGUCAUGCCAUCUUUGUCCGACCUUUUCAAGAUGACUCACGCCAAACCGGACGGGACUUUUGUUGAUCCUGCAUCCGAGAAGCUCUUCAACACUGUGGCUGCUCGGGUUGAUGAGCGGGAGACGCAACUCACCCAGCAGUCUCCGGAUGGAUUACCCGUCAAAUUGACGACGGAAGAGGUCGACAGGAUCUUCGAGGAGGUCGCUCCAAGAAAGAAGGGCCGGACGGUGGGAAUCGGUUCUGUCAACGAAGUCGCAAGGGCGACUUCGUCUUACUCUUCUAGACGGGUCCAAGAGACUUCUCAGAUGCAGGCUCGAUUGGAUACCUAGCAGGAGCGUUUAGACUCUCUCGAGAACCUGUUAGAUAUUAUGGUGAUGGGAAACCCGACCAUGCAGAGAGCGUUGGCGGCCAGACGAGAAGCUCUCGGGAUGCAACAACGGGAUCCCGAUUCUACCGAUCCAGUGGGAGGGGGAACGAGCGGAGAGGGACCGAGCGGGACCAACUACUUUGAUGAUGUAUCGCUC